AUGAAUCGUGUUGGCCUCCCGGGUCACGACAUCCAGAGACGCCGGAGCGCUCUCGCAUGCAACACAUGUCGGGAAAGACGGACAAAAUGUGACGGCAAGCGCCCCAAAUGCUCCUUUUGCAUUGAACGUGGCAAAGACUGCUUCUACCCGGAAACGCAAGAGCUGCCCCCUUCUUCCCUGAAGGCAGAGCUUUCAAGGUUAUGGGAACAACUAGACCAUAUCACGGCCGUAGCCCAGGGCCAAACCCCACGGAGCUCUCCCCCCCGUAAUGGACGACAGGACUCUUUUACUCUUACAGGCCCUGGCCCGUCUCUAGGCUUUCCAUUUAUGGUAAUACAGAACGAGGCAUUCAUGAAUUUGCUUGGCCUCGAGCAAUCCCUGCCUGUGCUCCUCGAGCAUGUAGAGCGCGGCAGAAAAGUAGACCCCGCUCAAUCAUAUGGCGCGAACAUCGUGAAGGUCGAUCUCCAGGAGGCAUCAAUUCUUCUAAAUGCGUUCUGGGGGCAGAUCCAUAUCUGGUAUCCGAUCCUGCAUGCAGAAUAUACCGAGGAGUUCAUCCAGGCAAUAACGUCUUGUUUCCCCAUGUCGGUGACAUCCUGCCUUACUCUCCUCGUCUUGGCCAUUGGUUGCGUUGUGGAAUGCGAGUCCGUCAUUAAUGCCCUGCGGAGCCGCCCGGAAGCACUGUACAUCGAAGCAGCUAUGAAGAUGUUGCCGUGUGCAUUCGCACAUAGUGGCCCACGAAGCGCGCAGUGCCUGCUAUUGUUCGCUAUAUACCACCUAUGCUAUGGGCAGCCAUUUCAGGCUUACGAUUUCGUAGCCAUGGCGUCGUAUAAACUGCAGAAUUAUAUCAUAAAUGAACUUGACGCUGACAGUGAUGCCACCCAAAUGUCGAUUCUCGCAAACUGCUUCUGCGAGAUUACAGUCCAGCUAGACCUCGUUAACAGUGGGAUCCGCAAUAUGACUUCGUUGGCCCCGGUCCCAACAAGCUCGGGCACUUGGACAUGGCAUUCAAGUCAAUCUUUCGAGUCCUCUACACCCAGCAAUAGCGAUAGCGAGUUCACCCCCCAAAGCAGCGAUCUGUCAUAUUUCGUCGCGGAGAUCGCGAUGCGAAAAAUGCUCCGGCACUGCACUUGGUCGACAAGGACAUUGGCGCAAGGUAGCCAUGUCUAUGCGCCCAUCGUCGCGGCCGAGCUGGAGCGUCAGUUAGACGAGUGGCUACAAUUACUCCCGCAGCAGCUAUCUUUCCGUGCCCCCCCUGCUAUUGGAUCUCACCCGCGGCGGGAUCCGAAUUCGGCCCAGGUGAAGUUUCUGCGUACGCAGUACUACGCAUUUAAGGCAUCGAUCUAUUGGCCAGCGGUCUACGAAGCCCUUACUGCGGGAGAGGCCAAUAGCGACCUCCUCCGCCACUGUACGAGAUUCUUUACCAGUUUUGCCGAGUUUGUUCCCAGUGCUGCCGCUGCAGUAGCCGUCUGUAAGCCGAAUUUGUGGACUCUGUGUACAAGUGUGUUUACCAUCUCGAUGGCGGCGCUGGCAGGGCUGACGGAACCAUGCCUGGUUGGGGUUGUUCCUCGAGAGGCUAUCCUCGGUCUGGAACUAGCGAUCAAAGUUUUCGACGGGGCUGCGGAGGUCAGCCCGUCCCUAGCAGAAAUGGGUGCGACACUGAAGGAAAGGGUACAGCUGUAUGAUUGUAGUUAG